AUGCAGUUCUUCACUCUCGCCAAGCUCGCCGUCGUUGUCACCUACGUCGGCGCGACGGUAGCCAGCCCCGCCGCCCACGAAGCUCGUCAACUCAGUUGCCUGGCGCAGGCCUGCACUCCUGCAAUAGGGUGCUGCGCAGGCGCUGCAUGCACGAGCGUCUCCGCGCUCGGCAUCUCAAUCCUUGGUGUGAGCAUCGUGUAUGCACCCCAGCCACCUGCAACGUCAUCUGCUCCAGCAGCCAGGACUGCUGCACUGAUGUCUCCGGAACUACCUUCACUUGCCAGCUUGUUCCUGGCCAAGACGUUGGGGCUUGCAUUCCUCAGGUCGUCUGAGGGUGCAUAA